GCGCUCGCCGCGCUGCCUUCCCUGGCUGCCCUCCGCGACACGGCCGCGGCCCCCGGCGUUGCUGCGCCGCCGAGACGGCCCGCGCUUGAGAGGGUCGCAGGGUGGACCUGACCGCAGAAGCAAAGCGCGACGUCCCGAAGUUCGCCCUUCUGAGACCAGGAAGAGGAAGGAGCGGCCCCAAGCACCCCAGGCCUCACCUUGACUGUGCUCCCCAUCCUUCAGCCUCCGAGUCCGUGCCGUUCUUCGCUGACCCCUCGCCGCUUCUCGCUCACGCCGCCUUUUGCCAGUGUAGAUCAUCCUGGUCCCUAGAUGUGCACACCGUUCAGAGCAUCCCUGGCGAGGAGGCAGCCCAGGCAUACAAGCCUGGGAAAGGGGCCGAGUCUGCAGUCAAAGUUGGGUUCAAACGGAUAGAGCAGAUCAUCCGACUGCACUUCUGUCCUUACAGUAGGGAAGAAACGCGGGCAAGAAUAACUUACCACCUCCUGCUCCAAAUUAAACAUUCACCAGAACCAUCCAUAUACGGUCGUUGACCCAACUCACCCAAGGCCGGUUUCUGUCACUACGCAGACCCAUCAGCCUUCCUUUGGUCGGGUCCUGUUGCCAGGAGGAGCAGAAGGGAAUAUGGGCAUAAGAGAAAUGGACUUAUUCGUGGAUUACAGGAAUUGAUGUUUUUAGGAUGGCGUGGAGAGCGCAGCCUUCCCCAAAUCAGUCUGAUGCAUGUCAAAGUCAGGCUUCACCUGAGGGAGAUUUGAUUGCCUGUUUUCUGUUAACUCCCAGCACUCCUGAAACUGUUCGUUGCAGACACAUUGAACAAUGGAAGAGACAAAUCUAUUAGAGGCUGGGGCCUCUGCGGCCUCCACUGCUGCAGCUCUGGAGAACUUACAGGUAGAGGCGAGCUGCUCUGUAUGCCUGGAGUAUCUGAAGGAGCCUGUCAUCAUUGAGUGUGGACACAACUUCUGCAAAGCUUGCAUCACGCGCUGGUGGGAGGACCUGGAGAGGGACUUCCCUUGUCCUGUCUGCCGGAAGACAUCCCGCUACCGCAGCCUCCGGCCCAAUCGGCAGCUAGGCAGCAUGGUGGAGAUUGCCAAGCAGCUCCAGGCCGUCAAGAGGAAGAUCCGGGAUGAGAGCCUCUGCCCCCAGCACCACGAGGCGCUCAGCCUCUUCUGCUAUGAGGACCAGGAAGCUGUGUGUUUGAUAUGUGCCAUCUCCCACACCCACCGGGCCCACACUGUCGUGCCACUGGACGAUGCAACACAGGAAUACAAGGAGAAACUGCAGAAGUGCCUGGAGCCGCUGGAGCAGAAGCUGCAGGAAGUCACCCGCUGCAAGUCCUCCGAGGAGAAGAAGCCUGCGGAACUCAAGAGACUCGUGGAGAGUCGCCGGCAGCAGAUCUUAAAGGAGUUUGAAGAGCUUCACAGACGGCUGGACGAGGAGCAGCAGAUUUUGCUUUCGCGGCUGGAGGAGGAGGAGCAGGACAUCCUACAGCGACUGCGCGAGAACGCCGCCCUCCUCGGGGACAAGCGCCGGGACCUGGCCCACCUGGCCGCCGAGGUGGAGGGCAAGUGCUUGCAAUCGGGCUUCGAGAUGCUUAAGGAUGUCAAAAGUACCCUGGAAAAAUGUGAGAAGGUGAAGACCAUGGAGGUGACGUCAGUGUCCAUAGAGCUGGAAAAGAACUUCAGCAGUUUCCCCCGACAGUACUUUGCCCUAAGGAAAAUUCUUAAACAGCUAAUUGCGGAUGUGACCCUGGACCCUGAGACCGCCCAUCCUAACCUAGUCCUGUCGGAGGAUCGAAAAAGCGUCAAGUUUGUGGAGACUAGACUCCGAGAUCUCCCCGACACUCCACGCCGGUUCACCUUCUACCCUUGUGUCCUAGCUACUGAAGGCUUCACCUCAGGCCGACAUUACUGGGAGGUCGAAGUGGGCGACAAGACCCACUGGGCAGUGGGUGUGUGCCGGGACUCUGUGAGCCGGAAGGGCGAACUGACUCCACUUCCCGAGACUGGCUACUGGCGGGUACGGCUGUGGAAUGGGGACAAGUACGCAGCCACCACAACACCCUUCACACCACUGCACAUCAAGGUGAAGCCCAAGCGGGUGGGCAUAUUUCUAGACUACGAGGCUGGCACGCUGUCUUUUUAUAACGUCACAGACCGCUCACAUAUCUACACAUUCACUGAUACUUUUACUGAAAAACUUUGGCCUCUUUUCUACCCAGGCAUCAGGGCUGGUCGGAAGAAUGCUGCACCACUGACCAUCCGGCCUCCAACAGACUGGGAGUGACAGGGUGGUGUGUGGGGUCCAGUAGGCAAAGCAGGGUCCGGGGCUGUGGGCUGCGUCCUGUUGGAACAGCUCAGUGUCGCCUGGCUCCAGUCCUGAGUCGUCCUGGAGAAACACUCUGGUCUCUAGGGUGGUUUCCGUGGAGAAGCACGUAGGACUGGGCUGCAUGACAGAGCACGCCAGUGUCUCCCUCCUUGCUGUCGGGGGGAGUGGUCCCCAGGGGAUAACCUCCCCAACGUCCGUCAGGUUUUCUAGUUGCACAGGGACAGGUUGAGAAGGAAGCAGAGGCUUGUCCAGAAAGUCUGUGGGAGGGUCUCAUUUCGCCGAAGCCAGAGGAGAAAACGAGCUUCUAGGGGCUUCCUUGACCCAGAAUGAUUUGUUUUUUGAGGAAAGCUACAGGGGUCUUUGUACCUCAAGAUGGAUGUUAUUGAACGACAGCUACCAUCCUUGGUCCAGAAGUUGAGUUUGUCUGGGGGCAGAGUCUGCAAUAUGGAGGUUAGAAGAAAGAUCAGGAAUAGAGCUAAAGGAGCAGAUUCCUAGAAAAAAUGAAGGGAGAGAGGUUUCUUUAGUCUUCUGUUCCCAGGCUAAGGCUGCUGUAACGAGUAGGAUUGGCCAGAGGUAAUGUGGGGAGGAGGAGAGGGUAGGAGAAAGAAGCACCCUUCAGCAGAGCUGGCUCAGCACUGCUGCCUCACAGCUGAGUCCAAGGGGCUGUUCGCCACGCUCCUCUUAAGAGACGAGGUCCUGCAGGACACCACCAUUCUCCCAUGGGAGCGUGGAGAAGAGCAGGUAUUAGAGGAAAAAGAAAGGUUAUCUGCCUGAAGCUCUGGCCCUAAGAAUUGUUACGCAGUUGCUGCUCCCAAAUUGUCAGCUUUGUCACUUGGCUCAGGUGUCCAGUGCAAAGGGAAAGAAAGGUAAUAGAAUCUCUCUCACCCUGAGAACAGGGUAGAAGAGGGUGAUGUGUGUCGGGAAGAGCCAGACAACUGCCUUUCGCCUGUGCGUCUGACCCAGAACCAAUGUUCAUGAUAGCCUUUCACAUGUGUGUCACCAUACUUCACCCUUUGCCAUCAGAGAAUGUAUGUCAUUUUAAUGUUAGGCCAAAACAAACCUGCAAGGUACGUACGUCAUCAAGGUAAAACGAUGCAUGCAAACCAAACUAAACCUGGAUUGUCUGCUGCUUCACGGAAGACAGACAAGAAACUGCAGUGAACUGCGGGCAUUUCGGUUCCUCCUACCACCUCAACAGGACUGUGUCCUCUCCUCUUCUAACCUUUGUGCCUUGACUGUGGUUCUUUGUGGCAGGAGGCUUUGGCUGGUAAAAUAUGGAGCAAAGGAUCCACUGAAGUGA